CUAGUUUUAAUUUUAUUUUGUAUUUGUUGAAGGUAGACGUUGGGGUGUGUUCAUAGCGCUAGUUUGCUGUCGUGUCUGUGAGGGGAGAGGGGCGAUAAACAUAUCCGGCCUGAUAAAUGUCUUACCAAUGGAUCUGAUGAGACAAAUAGAGUGCCGACGUUUCCAGACUAAGCCCUGCAGUGAAAGACAGGAGUCCAAACGCACCGUGAAGGCAGUGAUCCUAAUUCUUAGUAAGUUGGAGUCCAACACCAGGUGUUUCCAAAUGAAGAAACUGUUACAACAGCAGAACAGUCAGAGGCACUUAAAAGAUGUGACCCAGAGAGACUUGAGGACCACCGUCCGAACCAGACUAAGGAACACGGGUCCAGGACGAGUGGGCUCCGGCUUGGCUGCUGACUCCACCUGCUUUUCCAGCUGGUCCGACCAGGAAUUGACCUCGCUGCCAUCAGCAGCAGAUGAUCUCACUGGUGUCAGCAAACGUGUCGGUGAAGGGGCUGAAGAAACUUGGGAAGCACGCCAGCCAAACAAGAACUUUCCAGGACAGAAGUGGAAUUCUGAUGAUCCACGGUGGUUUCCCAUGGAGAGUUGUGCCGGUUUUGAUAGUCAGAUGGAUGACUCCCUGUCAGAAGCCACUGUAACCUCUGGUCCCAGUUCGCCCCACAGUACCAAUGUUUCACUCCAAUGCAGAGAGUGUAUGAGUCUUUUCUCUAGAAUGAGAAGACAAAAACCUACAAAACCUACAAAAAGGAACAAUGACCCAGCCUCUUUUUCCUGUGAUACUUGGCUGCUGGAUAAAGCAUGGCGCCCACAGAGACAGCGACAAGUCAAAGGAAGGCUGUGGGAGCACCUGAAGCGGAUCAGAAAGCAAGCGGCUGAGCGCUGCGAUGGUGCAGCGACGUUCCGUGCGCAGGGCAUCUGCUCCAGACCCCACGUGUUCCUACAGAGGAACUUGCGCUGCUGCAGGAAAACAUCAGCUGCUGUCAGUGGAGCGUCUGACAGCCACGUGGCUUCCCAGAGACGUCGCAGGAAGUCCUCGUGGCCUCCGCUCAGCAAGAGACGGCGACGCCAGAACGGCAGGCCGUCCUUGAACGGAUCCGGCACAAUGCGGCACGUGUCGGCUCAGGAGCUUAGCGUGGAAGCCAGCACUGCAGCGCGCGGGGCCCAGACGGCCCCGGAGAAGCCAGGGGCCAUACCCGACACAGCCGGCGUCCUGGGCGCGCGGCCAGACAGCAGGGGACAGCUGGAGGGAACCCGCAGGGUGCUGAAGUUUGACAGCACUCCUAGUCUUGUAACUAUGGAAACACAGGACACAAGGCAGGAACUGGUCCAGGAGAGGAGUGCAGGAGGAAGGUUAUGUGAAGGCCCAGCAGAUCUCUUGCUGGCGGACGGUGCGCUACGGAAGGGCAUGUUGGAGGACUCGAGUGGGUUUAGAACCCCUUUGGAACUGUCCAGCAUCGGGUCAGAGGUCGGCAGGAAGGUCCAGGCAGCGCAUGCCGUGCAGAAGAGCAGUUUCAGGUCGAUGUUAGCUGCACUUGAAAAGAGUCGCAACUGCAUUUUUAAAGAAACUGACACGUGAUCUUUUCCCAGAGGCCGUCUCACUGUAGAAGCCACGUUCUGUAGGUUUUGUGAAUUCUUUUUUGAGCCAUUCGGUUCUGUUAUAGAACUCAGAGGUUUUGGGUAAAAGAACAUUUUUUGUUAACCUUCCUGAAGAAUUUCACAGCUGCUUUCUGCAUUUUUGGUUUGUCUUUGUCUUUUGUGUGUGUUUGUCUUUUGAGUGUAUUUUGUUGCGAAGGCACGGUGUUGUUGAGUUAUUUCACAACUACUAAUCUUAAACAUAUGUUCUAGAUUCGUAGCUCCUCCAGUAACUUCUUUAAUAGCCUUUGGAGAUGUUGUGGAAAACGGCCAUUGGAAUGGAAGUUAUGUACAUUUUAAUACCGACAUCCAGUGUUGACAUGUAUUCAGGACGGCAUUACAACAGCUAAAGACAUGCAUGUUUCAAGUACUACCACAAAUUGUUUGUAUGCUUAAUAAAUGUUUAUGUAUAAAUAAAUACUUCAAAUAUUUAUUAACCG